GUGAGGAGUGGCAGGUCUUGGAACUGAUCUACAUCAACAAACAUUUCUCCCCAACACCCAGGACACACAACACAUGAAACCACAUCUGUUGUGUGACUCCCAUGCAGUCUCGUAGGUCUGUCUCGUCCCCUGGCAGAAACUUUUAUCUAUGGUGUCAGUUUUAAUGAGACCGAGCAUCACUUUCUGUAUUGGCUUCACGCCAGAGUCCACGGAGCUGUGGGUGGGAAUGAUCGUGGAUCUAUCCGUUUUCUUCUGUAGGAGCGCUCGGAACAGUGGCGGGCACAGCAUACACCGGCAGCGACGCUGACGCAGUCCCGCAAUAAGCGAGAAAAGUGUAACUGCCUCAAGACAGACAGAAUGCGUGUUCUGUUGAGUGUCCUGUAUCCGGUGCUUUCAAUCACGGUCUUCGGAUUAUAUCCGUCAAUGACCAUCGGGCCUAAGGAGGGUUGGCAGGUGUACAGCUCAGCCCAGGAUACUGACGGGCGGUGUAUCUGCACGGUGGUGGCUCCUGAACAGAACCUCUGCUCCAGAGACGCCAAGGGAAGACAGCUCCGCCAGCUACUGGAGAAGGUGCAGAACAUGUCCCAGUCCAUUGAGGUGUUGAACCUGAGGACCCAGAGGGACUUCCAGUACGUCAUGAAGAUGGAGAAUCAGAUGAAAGGGCUCCAGACCACGCUCAGACAGAUAGAAGACGACAGGAAGACCAUUAUAACCAGGAACUUCCAGGAGCUGAAGAACAAGAUGGAUGAGCUGCAGCCUCUGAUCCCUGUGUUGGAGCAGUACAAGACAGACGCCCAGCUCAUCUCCUCCUUUAAAGAGGAGAUCAGAAACCUGUCCAUGGUGCUCACAGCCAUUCAGGAGGAGAUGGGGGCAUACGACUAUGACGAGCUCUACCAGAGGGUCCUCAGACUGGACAGCAGGCUGCACAACUGCAUGGGCAAACUCACAUGUGGGAAAUUAAUGAAAAUCACUGGACCUGUAACAAUAAAGACAUCUGGCACCCGGUUUGGAGCAUGGAUGACUGACCCACAGGCCUCUCAGAGAAACAACAGGGUCUGGUACAUGGACAGCUACACCAACAGUAAGAUUGUACGUGAGUACAAGACCAUGGACGACUUUGUAGCUAACGUGGUGUCUCGAACCUACAACCUCCCAUUUAAAUGGGAGGGAACCGGUCACGUGGCGUACAAUGGGUCCCUGUAUUACAACAAGUACCAGAGCAACAUCAUCGUGAAGUACAGUUUUGAGACGGGUCGGGUGCUGGCUCAGCGGGCUCUGGAGUACGCCGGCUUCCACAACACCUACCCUUACUCCUGGGGAGGAUACUCCGACAUCGAUGUCAUGGCCGACGAACUGGGCAUGUGGGUAGUGUACGCAACCAAUCAGAACGCGGGAAAUAUCGUCAUCGCCCAGAUGGACCCGGACACCCUGGAAGUCCGGAAGACGUGGAACACGGAAUAUUCCAGACGGAACGCGGGGGAAUCCUUUAUGAUCUGCGGAACACUCUACAUCACCAACUCUCACCUGACAGGUGCUAAGGUCUACUACGCGUACUCCACCAAGACCUCCAGCUAUGAGUACACAGACAUCCCUUUCCACAACCAGUACUUUCACAUCUCCAUGCUGGCCUAUAACUCCAGGGAGAGGCACCUCUAUGGCUGGAACAAUGGACACCAGGUGCUGUUCAAUGUCACUCUGUUCCACGUCAUCAAAACCCAAGACGACUCCUAGAGGACACGAGAGAUGAAAUGUCACAAGUCCUCAUAUGGACCCGUAGAAACAGCAACUUUCCAAGGCAAAGCGCCAUCAUUUGUGAUAUAAAAAGGGACCUUGUUGCUUUACAACCUUGUUCAUGUUUUUCCUCACCUCCUCCCUAAAGUGAACAGCUCUGUCAUUACGUUGUCAUUACGUUGUCAUUACGUUGUCAUUACGUUGUCAUUACUUGAAGAAAUUGCCCUUUUUUUGUAUUUUCUGGGCCAGAACACUUGAGGUGACUUGAACACGGACAGAAUGUCAUAGAUUCUAUUUAUCCUCUCUUCUUCUUUUUUUAUUUUCCCAUCGCUGCUGAAAUAAGAGUUUCCUGUAUGGCCUUUAUUUACUGCUGUCUUUACAUUCUCUAUGAUCCACAGGCUCUUGAUAGAUAUGUGCAUGAAUGUCUGACAUUUUGUCUGCUGUAAUUUACGAUGAUAACAGUGUAUUUUCAAUGGUUCUGUUCCAGAUGUCUUUCAGUUCUCACAGUGUUUGCAGUGACGUCUAUUUAAAGUAUUUAAACCUAGUUUGAGGUCCUCUCCAGAGUCUUUACUGCCAUGUUACAUGAACAGUCUGAUUAUGGAAAACAUUGUGGUGACAAUUGUAUGUCUCUAUGCGGAAAGCUAAGUAAAUAUUUUGUUUGUUAUAAAAUACUGUAUCAAAAGUG